UCGAUUUGGCUAUAAAUGAUUACUUAACUCCUAUCUAUUUUCAGGCAACAAAUGGCUAUGUAUGGCUUCAAUAGCUUUUGCAUCAUAUCAAUCACUGUAUCCCAUCAUGCUGGUUGUUCCAGCAGCCAUCUUCUUCAAUACUAACAUGUCCGAUGGGAAGAAAUCAAAGGAAUCCGUGCCACUGCCAGUGUAUGGACGGACAGCUAUGAUUAGUCUAGGAUUCACAGCUAUAUUAAUUUUUGUGUCCUAUUUUUUUUUUGCACAUUCUUGGAAGUUCCUGCAUGCUACAACAGGCUUUAUCCUAGGUGUGCCAGAUCUAACACCAAACAUGGGGGUAUUUUGGUAUUUUUUCACAGAGAUGUUUGAGCAUUUUCGUCCAUUUUUCAUUUGUGUGUUCCAGAUCAACGCAUUUCUCUACACAGUUCCACUAGCUAUCAAACUGAAAGAUCACCCAGUGUUCCUGGCCUAUGUUCUAGUCACACUUAUGUCAAUAUUUAAAUCCUAUCCUAGCUAUGCUGAUGUGGCAAUAUUUGUUACAUUAUUGCCAAUGUGGAAACAUGUCUUUUCAUAUAUGAGGAACACAUUUAUUGUAACCAACAUGUUCCUAUGUUGCACAGUACUGUCUCCUAUACUGUGGCAUCUGUGGAUAUAUGCAGGCAGUGCUAAUGCUAACUUCUACUUUGCUAUAGCUCUCACAUUCUCUACAGCACAGAUUUUCCUAAUCACAGAUCUUCUGUUUGCCUUUCUACGUAGAGAAUUUGACCUCAAAACUGGGGUCAAACAUUUGAUCAACGGUAAGGAUGCCCAGGUGAUACUAGAUUGAAGACAUCUCUUUAUCCACGGAAACAGCUCAUCUUAUAAUACAUAAAACCAGUUCUAUAAAAAAGAAACCAGUCAAAAAACCAAAGUACUGUUUUGGUAAAUGAAAACCAGUCAAAAAUAAUUAUAAUAAAGACCAGUCAAAAAUCUGUGUGGUAUAACAAUUUUAUUGAGCUAAAUUUGUGUCAUUGACAUGCCCAGCUUUCAAUUAUGAAGUAAUCAUUGAUAUUUUCAAGGAAUCAUUGAUAUUUUCAAGGAAUCAUUGUUAUUUUCAAGGAAUCAGUGUUAUUUUCAAGGAAUCAGUGUUAUUUUAAAGGACUCAUUGUUAUUUUCAAGGACUCAUUGCAUUUUUCAAGGACUCAUUGCUAUUUUCAAGGACUCAUUGCUAUUUUCAAGGAAUCAUUGUUAUGUUCAAGGAAUCAUUGUUAUUUCAAGGAAUUUUAGCAUCAAAUACCUGAAUUAAGCAGCUGACAUCACAAAGUUUGUUGUGUCUUCAUAGAAGAGCAGGCUGUUAUUUUCUUGUGACAUUUAGAGAAAAUUAAAGAGGAGUCAGUGUUAUUUAUAUAUUGAAGACUUUCUGCAGCACACUUAUAGAUCUGGUUAAACUACAUAAGUAAUGGAAAUAAAUGCAUUCCAGCAUUGUAUUGUAUGGUUUGUUCUAGCAUUGUGCAAUACAAUCUUGGUGCCCUUUAUAGAAUCUUAUCUGUUACAGAUUAUUGUUGUUUUGCGUACAUGGACAUUUGUAUCUUUUUUCUCUAUCUUCUCUAUGUCACUACAGCACUACAUAUUUGAUUUUGUUAGUGAGUGUUCUAAUCCCACUUUAUGUAGAUUGUUAAUUAAUAGACUAUUUUUUGUAGCCUCUUAAUGAUUUAGAAUCUUGCUACAGAUGUUAAUUUAUUUGGUGUGAAAAGCUACAUUGUAUCUGGCUAGCCAUCAAAGACUGACUGUUCCUCUUUGAGGUUCCUUUGUGGUCAAAUGAGGUCUUUUUAAAUCAGUAAAACAGUUGAUAUUGUAUAUUUUAUUCCAUGCUGGAUGAUAAAUGAAAAUGUUUGUGUUAAAGUGACGUUAUUCUCAUUUUUUCAUUAUCGAGCUUGAGUAAAAUAGUUGUAUUUUUUAAAAUAUUUACCAUUCUAAUGGCGACUGAACCAUAUUUAAUAAUUACAAAUAUUUCGGAUAAAUUAUAAAAACUGCCUAAAAUAUAUAAAGACAGUCCCACUCUUUUUAUAAAUUGAAUAUUACGAAUGAUUAACGAAGGAUAUUUAUUGGUAUUGAUGAGGUCACUUGGUUAUUGAUUAUUCAAGUGACAUUUAUUUUAAAACUGAAAGCAAGUAUAACAAAAUGUAAAGUUAUUUAAAUUUUACCUGAACACUCACUUUUUGCUCUUUGUUGGGCAUAAUGUCACUUUAAACCUUUUUAAUGAAAUCCUGUGUUAUUCAAUAUUGUUAUGGAUAUUUUGUUCAAUAAUGACACAUUACACAUACAUAUAUUUCAAGAUGUUUUGGUGUGCUUUGAUCAAAAGUGUUGUAAAAUUGCAGUAGUUUGUUUAUUGUUGUGUAAGUGAAAAUGAAAUGAAAAAUUAUGUAUUUGCACAAUUACAAUCCAUUCCAACAAAGUAAUUCCAUACCAAUUGCCUGGUGUGACAGGCCAUGGUUACUUAAAAUAAUAUUAAUGCAGACAAGUUUUUUUUUGUGUUUUCUGCGUUGAUACAAAUUGAUUUUUAUACGCCCGUUUGAAAAACGGGACGUAUUAUGGGAACGCCCCUGGCGGGCGGUCGGGCGGGCGGCGUCCAAUUUUGUCCGGAGCAUAUCUCCUACAUGUAUGGAGGGAUUUUAAUGAAACUUCAUAGAAAUGUUCACCACUAUGAGGAGCAGUGUCGCGCACAUGAACCAGGUCUCUAGGUCAAAGGUCAAGGUCACACUUAGAGCUCAUUGAAAAAUGCUUGUCCGGAGCAAAACUUCCACAUGUAUAGAGGGAUUUCAAUAUUACUUGGCACAAAUGUUCACCAUUGUGAGGCGGAGUGUCACGCGCAAGAUUCAGGUCCUUGCGGCCAAGGUCAAGGUCACACAUAGAGGUCAAAGUUCAGAUAAAAAUAUGAAGAUGUGUAUAUGGACCAUUUAGUCAUCAUUUAUUGAGGGAUUGUAACACAAAUGGUCAUUAUCAAGACUAUGGCUGUGAUACAUAUAAUUUAGGUCAAUAUAUACAAGGUCAAGGUCACUAAAGAUGAUGAAAUAUCCAGAUUUUGUCCGGAGCAUAUCUCCUACACACAUGGAGGGAUUUUAAUGAAAUUUCAUAGAAAUGUUCACCAUUAUGAGAAGCCAUGUCACGCACAUGAACUAGGUCAAAGGUCAAGGUCACACUUAGAGCUCAUUGAAAAACGCUUGUCCGGAGCAAAACUUCCACAUGCAUAGAGGGAUUUCAAUAUAACUUGGCACAAAUGUUCACCAUUGUGAGGCGGAGUGUCGCGCACAAAAUUCAGGUCCCUGCAGCCAAAGUCAAGGUCACACAUAGAGGUCAAAGUUUAGAUAAAAAUAUGAAAAUGUGUAUAGGGACGAUUUAAUCAUCAUUUAUUGAGGGAUUGUAACACAAAUGGUCAUUAUCAUGACUACGGCUGUGACACAUAUACUUUAUAUAUGCAAGGUCACUAAAGAUGGUAAAAUAUCCAGAUUUUGUCUGGAGCAUAUCUCCUACAUGUAUGGAAGAAUUUUUAUAAUACUUUAUGGAAAUGUUCACCACCAUGAUAUGUAUUGCUCCAUGCAUGAUCCAGGUCUCCAGGUCAAAGGUCAAGGUCACACUUAGAGCUCAUUGAAAAACGCUUGUCCAGAGCAAAACUUCUACAUUCAUAGGGGGAUUUCAAUAUAACUUGGCACAAAUGUUCACCAUUGUGAGGCUGAGUGUCGCACACAAAAUUCAGAUCCCUGCGACCAAAGUCAAGGUUACACAUAGAGGUCAAAGUUCAGAUAAAAAUUUGAAGAUGUGUAUAGGGACCAUUUAGUCAUCAUUUAUUGAUGGAUUGUAGCACAAAUGGUAACUAUCAUGACUACAGGUGUGACACAUUUAAUUUAGGUUAAUAUUUGCAAUGUCAAGGUCACUGGAGAUGAUUAAAUAUCCAGAUGUUGUCCGGAGCAUAUUUUCUACAUGCAUGGAGGAAUUUUAAUGUUACUUUAUAGAAUUGUUCACCACCAUGAGACGUAGUGCCCUGCACAUGAACCAAGUCUCUAGGUCAAAGGUGAAGGUCACAGAGCUCAUAGAAAAACGCUUGUCUGGAGCAAAACUUCUACAUGCAUAGAGGGAUUUCAAUAUAAUUUGGCACAAAUGUUCAUCAUUGUGAGGCUGAGUGCCGUGCAUAAAAUUCAGGUCCCUGCGACCAAGGUCAAGGUCACACAUCCUGUGCAUAUCUUCCCUACUGAUUUGUUUUAAGGUUCAUUUAACAACACAGUGCCAAGAAUAAAAACUUGCUUGCUAGAUAACACUUAUCCAUAAUGCCCCAAUCUCCAUCUAAAGCUUUCGUAAACGGGCGUAUUUUGUGACUAUGGCACCCUUGUUAUCUAAUGUAGUCUGAAUUGAAAUAUUACUGAUUUACAUCAAAUUGGCUCUUUUAUCCAUUACAUUUUGGCUGACUUAAAAAAGAUAUAAUUAUAAAUAAAACCUGCAUGUUGAAAUUUAUGUAAGGCAGUUUAAACCAUAUAAUUAUGUUGUAGAUGUCCUUCACCUUUAUUUUGUACCUUUGUAUUGUUUUGAUGUUUUUGAUUGUUGUAUUUUUUGAAUACAUGUAUUUAUUUAUA